AUGUCGAUAGAAGAGAACGAUGCCACUUUGGUGGGACUCGAUUGGGAAACGUGGCAGCGUGUGACACAAACACGUGGUUUGACGGCUGCUUCCGGUACAAAUUACGAUGCUGCUGCAAUGCCGUCACAGAAAGCAGUUUGCUACGGUUUUUAUCCUAGCAUUGAACUGGAAUCCAUGUUGCUUAUCAAUUGCAAGAAGUGUGGCUUAAUUUUGAAAGAUGUUGGUUAUGGACAUCACAUGCGUUCCCAGCAUGGCUAUCAUAUGAAUUCAGGCUCUAGCGAUGAAUGUCAGUCAUUUUUGCUUUCUCCUCCUCAUCGUGUCGUUUCCCCACGUCUGGAAAUGCCCAUUCUUUCGCCGCCUUAUAGGCAAUUAUCCACGCCGAUUGCAUCACCUAAGGAGAGCUCAGGUCGAAAUGGAAGUAUUAUAUCUCAGGCUACCUCAACAAGGUACUCCGUGGAACAGAAAGACGAUCUCAAGCUUUCAUUGCGAGUAUCUAGACAUAAAGUGUCAAGUGGAGCAAGUAGACAAAACAAUUCAUCUUCGCCUAAUCAUAUCAAAGAAGAAGUACGGAUAAGUGAUAAAAUUAAUCGGCGAUUAAAUGGUAAGAUGAAAGACAAGAAAGGGAAGAAAAGAAAACGAGAUUCAUCUGAUGAAGACAACUUCUCUUUAGAACAUUUUCGGCAGAAAAAACGGUUAUCUAAAAAAGAGCAAAGUGCUGGGGAAGCAGAAGAGUCAGCAUCGAAGAAUGUUCUUGUCAAACAUGAUAAUACGGGUAAUAGUCAUAUUUAUAAUGAUGUUGCAACAGCUUCUCAAAGCGUGAAAGAUUCCACUGAAAUUGAUGGAGUUCCAGUGGAAGCAUUAAUACAACCAACUUCUAUUUCCACGUUAUUACCGACAGAUGAAAUAGUGCAGCCAGAAACUGCGCUGAAAUCAAUCGAUAACAUAGAAAGGUUGCAAAAAGAGCACGAAGAUACAUUUGAUGCGAAAGAACAAGCGGAAGUGAUGGCAAGUUAUUCUGGGCAGUGGAAUGAACUGGAUUUAGAUACAGAUUAUGCAGAUUUGUCUCAGGAUGUGACAGCGUGUCCAACAUUGAAAUCAGAAAAAGGCGAAAUACAACAAAACUGGACAUCGAACCCGAUGUUAUCACUAGAAGAUCCGAGUAUUGAGAGUCAUCUUUGUGAAGAUUUCGAUCCACAUCGAUUUUACGUGCCAUCACCUCCUCAACUGUCUCCGGUAGCAGAGAAGGAUUGCUACAUGAAUCCUGUGACAGCAUCUAUUGCUGCUUCACAAAAUGACAUUUGUCAUGACCAUCAUGUGGAGGAGGAUCUGUUAUUGCAACCUCAUGAAAGACUUUUUUCUAACGGGUAUCGAGAAAUGGUCGAUUUGUCGCGACCAUCAUCCCCGCAUCCAAACGAAGAUGUGGGUUUAAAUGAAUACGAUGCUGUUCAUCAUCGGUGUGUGGUUUUAGAGGAAGAUGAAGAUGCAAAUGUAAAUCGCAGCAAUAUUGAGACCCGAUAUCCGAUUGAGGAAAGGAUUGUUGCGACUGGACCGUGUUUAUAUGGUUAUCCACAACCAGAGGUUUCGGAGGAUGCAAGAAAUCGACGUCUACCUCGUAAUGAAGAAAGUUACGUGGGAAGUGAAUUCGAUCACAGAACACAUCCUAUAGUAGAGCGAAAGAUAUGUUUGCCUCAUCAACAGCUUCGUUGCCCACAACUUAUUCCGGUUGCUUUUGUGCCACAGAAAAGGAACAGUCGGACGUGUUCAUCACCACCGAUGGAAAGAUUUUGUGCUGGAGGUUUAUCAUAUCGGGAUGUCUAUAUCGAUCCGGAACAGAAAAUCUAUUAUCCAAAUGCCAGGUUACUGACGGUGCCAGUCAAUGGAAAAACAACUGUAGAUUAUCCACAGCAAACAAGGUCUUCACCUCCCGAUAUUUUUUCGAUGGAACAAAAUUUUGGUGUGCACGAUUUACCGGACGAUGUAGAACGAUUACCUCAACUGCCAAGUUUUCACAAUAAUACGGCAGACGGGAUGCAAAGAGAACUGCGCGAUCCGAUGCAGUUAACGGUUGUUAACCAAGAGGCGCAGCAACAUUUCGAUCAGAUCGAUUAUAAUUUACGGUCUGAACGCAGUCGGCUAUCUUUAGGAAGAAACUCGGCUAUAAAAAUUGCUGAUGAAGUAAUAUCUGAACAUCCUUACGAAUACAGUCCAGUGACAUCAGUCAACUUAAAUGGCACUCGAAGUUCGAAUUAUGUACCUCACGUGAUGCGAAAAAAAGGAUUUUCUCCGCGGGUUAUUCGUACAGUUCGUUCUCAUGCUGAUACGGUGCACCAGCCUGCUGCAUCACAAGUAACACCACAUGAAGUUUGUGUACCAAUUCAUGGUAGGACCGUGAUACGUCCGGAAUAUCGUUAUGUGUACAUGCCGUCGAAAUCAUCGCAUUCUUCUGAUCUCGAUCAUAUAUAUAAUAGACAAAGGAAAGAUCGUGAAAGAGAGAUGAAUGAAUUCGGCUGUACGGAAAUCCGACAUGUAGAACACCAGUCACAGAUCGAACCAACGAUAAGGCAAGUAGCCAUACAAAAGGUGCAACCAGCAGUUUUGAACAGAGUUCGACCUUUAACUACAACAAAUGUAGAAGGUGCGCGAACUGUGAAAGUACCAACACAUCGACGACUUAGUCAUCAUCAUUCUUCAUCUGGAACUGAAAAAACUUUUGUUUUUCAUCCGGAAUUGAAAAAUGAAAGAAGCAGUUAUUCUGCUACUUCCAUCGCAGAUGCAGUACGUAUUAAUUCCAAAGAUCGAAUGUAUCAAGGUUGCGGUUACGCUGCUGCGGGUAACAUACAACGAGGACCGAAUGUUGCAACUAGAAGUAAGCAGCGUUCAAACUGCACUUCUUCAUAUCAGAUUCAGCAGAACACUGCUUUACGGCAGGUGCGAAGGACAAAAGUAGCACCACCGGCGGAUGAUAUGGAGAGUCGAUUUGGAGGAAUUUGCUUGCUGAUGCGACAUGGCUUUCUCAAAUCACCGAAAGACUUUUACUGUCUGUCAAACUGA